GCGGGCAAAAGCUAGUAAAUAUAUAAACAUAACAUUUAUAUCAUGUCUUGUUUCUUUUGCUAUCUGUCAUAAUUAAUCAUGAAAAUGAUGUCAGAGGGAACUAACAAUAUUCUUAACUAUGGAAAUACUCGAUGAAAGUAUUUGAAGUUAAAUUUGUAUGCGACUGAAAGACUUGUAUCUACGGCCAUGAGAAAAUUUAUUAAAAAAAGUAUGUUGAAUGUCAUCCAUCAGCUGUGCUGACUGUCAUCGACUUUGUUUUGCGAGUCUUUUUGUUAUGUUUUAAAUAAAAGCGAUUUAUAAAUUGGAAUUCAAUGUUGAAGUUGAUUUGAACCAGUACAUUUUUUUUAAUAAGUAUUUUAAUUUUACGUUCGUUUUAAGAAUUCCGUGUAAAGUAGCCUAAAAACAAGACUAUAAUUUUUCGUAAACAAUGCGGUUUUAAACGAACUGUUAUAAUUUUCAUAUUAAAACGGACCUAUAGUUCCCAUGCUUGCGUUUGUUGACUGUCGUAAUGUUCUAUUUUUUUUCGUCUUUCUCCAUAAUUUUUUGUUAAUCGGCUAUUUGACUAAUUUUGAAAAACUCAAAUUAUUUUUUGUAGUCAUUCAUGACGUGACGAUCAUGACGAUAUGAUUUAUAUUUCAUCGUUUUUACUAUUUUAUUGUAAAAUAUCGUAUUAAAAUUUAAAUGACUAUUUUCGCGCUAAAAACGCUGUUUCUGUAAUGGCGGAUGCCAUAUGAUCUGCGUGACGUCACACGCAGGUAAACUGAGGUUAACAGUGUGCCAAAACUUACGUUCAGUGUGUUUAAAAUAUAAAUUCUUUUAAUUUACUUUGAAAAAUGGCGUAUAAAUGGUGUAUAGUGCCACUAUGUAAAAAUACAUCUGUAAAAACUCCCCACAAACUGUUUGUUUCUGUUCCAACAAAUCCUAACAGACGUAAGAAGUGGUUGCAGUUAUGUCGAAGAGACACAAACAGCAUUUUGUCUCAUACUAAUGCCUUUAUGUGUGAAGAUCACUUUGAUAUGGAAAAAGAUACAAUGAAUUAUAUGAAGUAUAAAAUGGGCUUCAGUUCAAAGAUACUUUUGACUGAUACGGCGGUGCCAAGUAAAUUUCAUUGUCAAGAGGAUUGUAAGCAUUGGUUCAGCGACCCUGAUUAUCAAAGUGCAGUAUUUAAUAAAAGAAAAAGAAUAGAGCUUGUCAUACGAUUAGACGAAGAAAGUCAUGUUCAAAGUCAGUCAGGUCUGGAGGCUGUGCAAAAAGAUUACAAUAUUGUACAGGAACAAGAAGCUAUUGAGUUUGACGAAGAAGAAAUUGUGGUGAAAACAGAAAACGCUGAGGAGAUAUUCAUAAAAACAGAACCGAUAUAUCCAGACGAAACGGUUCCGGAGGUGGCAGAUGUGAGGUUUCAUGAUAAAGGGGUUCAGACGAAGCCGGACGUGGAGGACAGGGGGGUGCAAGGAUGCCCUAGACGUUUCCGAAGCAAGGCGGUGCAGUACAACUCCGAUGUACCACCCAGGAUAACCUUCUUGAAAUUAGUCAGAGAUGAAACGGAGAAGAUGAUGGUCCGUGUGUACAAGUAUUUGCGUGACGAGUUGGAGAUUUUAAAGUUGAUGACAGCGGAGCAGGUGUUGGUGGCACUGGAGCAGGUCUCGGGCCGCGCCGCGCAGGCCACGGGUGUCUCUGAACUUGACAUGCAGCAAACAUUGGACAAAUACAAAGAUUUACUUGACAAACAGCCUACGAAGAAGACAUUGGAUAAAACAAACAAGCCGAAGAAAAAACGGAAACAAGGGAUGCACGUACGCACUUUCAGUUUCAGCAAUGAAUCCACGGAUGACGAGCAACCCCCUAAAGUUCGGGGAGCGGAAACGGACAGUGGAAGUGCCGGAGUCUCAGUACAAACAGUUACAGAACCAUCGGCUAUGGAAGUGGACUGCGGCGGAGGGAACUCCAUCGACGAGACAACAGCUCGGAGGGAGACGUCAGUGCAAGAAGAAGUACACGAUAGCAACGGCGAGAGUACGGACGAAGCACUUGAAGAAGAACCAGAAAUAUACAUCAAGGACGAACCACUCACUGAAGAUGACGAUAGUGCUAAUCCCCUGGAGAUCGGCGUGGUGGCUCCCUCUAUCGCACACACUGCGCACACACCGAGCGAUACAUACACCACCACUACAACAGACAUACAAACAUACGACCCUGGCGAAGAUGUAAGAAUAAAAACAGAAUAUGGUGAACCGGAACCAAGCCACGAUCACACGUAUCAUAAAAAUACGUGACUAGGAUUAGAGGAGUCCCUAAACUAAGAUAGGUGACACUUAACGACACAACCACCUUUAAGUGACUCCUAAUGGUACGGUCAAUGGUCAAAAGUCCACUGCCACCGUAAGACUACUAUCGGUUGCGCUGCAGCGCUUAUACACACAUGCACACGCAUA